UGCUCGGUUCCUAACCUAUAUUUAUGCCGCGGGAGUGUACGAAUAGUUAAGCACAAGCACGGAGCGCGUGCAAGUCAAGGCCAUCCUUCCUGCUUGCUAACUAACUAUUCCCAUCUUUUUCCAACAACCUUGAAAAGGACUCCAUACAUACUAAGCAGAUAAUAACCUUAAAAACCCGCCAUAGCGGGAAUAUUGGGGCUUCUCAGCCCUGCGAAUAGGUACCCGACCCGCUUGCGCUCGUGAACGACUGGAUCUAUCGUGAUACCUACCUACCUAAGCAUCGUCACGGGUCCCUACAUAAGGUCGGUACCCGGUAUCACCAUACCAGCGAUGCCAUCGGCCUUUCGCCGCGCCACCGAGGGGGCUGCCGCCGAUGCCGCCCCCUCGCCAGCAAUGGGAAUUGUCGUCACGGAUACAAACAUGAACCCGAUACUGCAGAUGAUGACCUGGCUUCUCCUCGCGAUGACGUUCCUCAUGCUCUGCUUUCGCUUCCUGACCAAGUUCUUCCUGAAGACGAACCAGCGGUUUGGGUGGGAGGAGGUGCUUAUUACCUCAGCUUUCCUCGUGGGACUGGGUGAAUCGGUCACAUUCCUCGUGCCGGAGGGCGAAAUCCUGGGCAAAGCGCGGAGCGAUAUCUCGGAUGCCGAGAUGAUCGCGGGGCUCAAGGUAUUCCACCUAAUUACACAAUUUGCCGGGAACCUACUUUGGAUUCUCGCGCUGGGACUGGCCAAGUUGUCAGUUUGCACGGGUUUAUCUGCGCUGUCGCCGGAAACUGGACAUCGCCGCCUCACGUCCGUCUUCGUCGCUGCCGUGCUCGUGUGGGUGGUGGUAGCUUUUUUUGGAACCGCUUUCCAGUGCGGGACCCACGGUCCGUGGGAAACGGGAGACGAUGUGAAGUGCGUUGAUAGGUACGCAUUUACGAAAUAUGUGGCUGUCACGAACAUCAUAACCGACGCGGCACUAAUCGCAUUGCCAGCGGCUGUGAUACACCCCUUAAAGAUGUCGAUCAGAACCCGAACUACGGUUCUUGCCUUCUUCUCUGUCAGAUUACUGGCGAUCGCCGGCACGAUCUGCCAGCUCGUCUACCUCCCGCGCCUCUUCGAGCACGACUUCACGCUGCGGGGGUUCCCGUUCUACCUCAGCAUGCAGUUCGUGCAGUUCGCGAGCAUCUCGGCCGCGUGCGCCGCCUACUUCUGGCCCUUCCUGCGCUCGCUGCGCAGCGGCCUCAUCUCCGCCGACAACAAGGCCUUCACCUCCGAGUACGCGCUCGCGAAGCUGCGCGCGAACGGCCGCGAAGGAGGAGGCGCCAGCGGAGACCUGGUGUCGGGCGGCUCGUCGUCGAGGAAUCGGGGGGGCCGCAAUAAUUAUAUCAAGAUCACGACGGAUAACACGGUCACGACCGCGGUUCCGAGUCCGGGGCAAGGGGUGCCGGCGCCGAGUGUGCCUGCGGGAAGCGAGAGGUACAUGAAGGAUUGGUGAUGGAAAGGGGGGACUUAGUAAUUUCAUCAAAGGGACUAAUAAUUUACACACACUUCAGCUACAUGUCACUUCCCCUGUCCUCUAUCACCACCACCAAGACUUUGACGUAUUUCAGGUCACUUGUGCGAAACUUGGGGAGGCUAGUCACGACCAACGCAAGAGAGAAAAAUCAAACGUAAUUCCAUUUCCUGUCGCCAAGCUAAUACUAA